CUGUAUUAAACUAGCGAUAGUAGCUAGCAAGCUAGUUGGGUGGAAAUUUUGCAAGUCAUGGUGGGCCAUUCAAAGCGAAAUACGACAAAUAACGCAGUGGAUAACGCGGAGAACAAAAGAAAUAUCGGUUGGAUUUCGUAAUUGUCAUUUCAGGCUUGGAAGAGGUCAUUGGACAGAGGACUACCUGCAGGCUUUGGAAUACGACCAUUCUUUUGAAUUUUUUUGAAAGGAGUGCAUUGAGAAUAGCAGAGAAAUACUGCCAAGAAUCUGUAUCUCAUUGGCUCUCUAAAGGAAGUUCAAAUAAGGGAAACCCGUUGGUUGUUUUGCAUUCUUUUGUCCCUCAUGUUUGAAUGCUAUCUUUCAUUUUUCAUUUGGACUGUCAAGUGAAAGAACAACCAUAGCAGGCCUGUGGGUUUGACCCUUGUUUUUUUAUUUUCUUUUAUUUUUACUUUCAUUUUUUUGGUGCUUUGCUAAGAAAUGCUUUACCUGAAAAAGUACUUCACAGAGGGCCUGAUUCAGUUCACCAUCCUACUGAGUCUCAUUGGGGUGCGGGUGGACGUGGACACCUACCUGAACAAUCAGCUGCCCCCACUGCGCGAGAUCAUCCUGGGCCCCAGCUCGGCCUACACCCAGACGCAGUUCCACAACCUCCGCAACACACUGGACGGCUAUGGCAUCCAUCCCAAGAGUGUGGACCUGGAUCACUUCUUCGCCACGCGCCGGUUGCUGAACCAGGUGCGCUCUCUGGAUCACCUGCGUGUGCCCAGCACCGAGGUCAGCGCCUGGCUGGUGCACCGCGACCCGGAAACGGUGGUGUCCGCUGCCGGCCAGUCAAGCCCCAGCAUUACCCUGGACAAUGGCGGUGGUCUGGAGGAUGUGAACAACCCCGAAGCCUCCACCAUGAGGGGGGGCAGCGGAGCGUCUGAGUCCACCUACAGCCACGGCGGAGAGGACAGCCUGGGAGCGGUGGCCCCGGAGGACAGCCAGGAGCAGCCGAGCGAGCGGGACAACAGCGAUGACCUCACCAAGGAGGACAUUGACCUGAUCGACAUCCUGUGGAGGCAGGACAUUGACCUUGGCGCGGGGCGGGAGGUGUUCAACUACAGCAGCCGGCUGAAGGAGAGCGAGGCGGAGAAGCGCAACGAGGACGAGAAGGACGACGACGGCGGAAGCAGCGAGGAGCACCCCGAGACCUGGAGGAACGGCCUCAACCUGGGCGAGGACCAGCCGCUGACUCCAGUGGAUGGGGAGACCGGCGAGAGCAUACCUGACCAGCUCCCCAGCCUGGGCACUCAGACCUCUCUGUCCCUCCAGGAGUGCCUCAGACUUCUGGAGGCCACCUUCCCGUUCGGAGAAGAGUCGGAGUUCCAAAGCCCAGCUGGUACCUCCGAGCUGAGUGACACGAGUGAGGAGGCCCCCUCCACCUCUCAGGGCCUGGCCUUGAUGCCCGUCCUGCCUCAGGCUGAGCCGCAACUGGACUUGGAGCAGCAGUGGCAGGACAUCAUGGCCAUCAUGGAACUGCAGGUCAGUCCAUAUCAGGACAUGGAAGUAAACAGCACGGCGGAGGGCUCCUACAGUAGUAGCCAGGCUUCAGCUAGCAGCAGUGGCAGCACUGGAGGCAGAUCGGGCCCCAUGGUUGGUUUGGACCCCUCGCGCUCCAACCUCAUCAACCAGGACGUCAGCCUCCACCAGGCGUCCCUCCCCAGCUGCAGCCAGGACUUCCCUGCGCUCUUCAGCCCGGAGCUGGACCCUGCCGGGGCCCUGCGUCCGUCUGCGCUGCUCCGCUUGUCCUCCAGCAACUCCUCCAACGUCAACUCCAGCUUCGGAGCCACCAACCUGACGGGCCUCUUCGCGCCGCCGCCGCUCAACAGCACCACCAACCUCACGUCCGCCCACGCGCUGGCCGACCCCUUCAGCAGCCUCCUGGAGGAGUCCAUGCUGGACGAGAUCAGCCUGCUGGACCUGGCCAUGGAGGAGGGCUUCAGCCAGGCGCAGGCGUCCCAGCUGGAGGACGAGCUGGACUCCGAUUCGGGCCUCUCGCUGGACUCCAGCCACAGCCCGGCGUCGCCCAGCAACUCCGAGACCUCGUGCUCGUCGGCCGCCUCUUCCUCGUCCACGUCGGCUACUUUCUCGGAGGAGGGCGCGGUGGGCUACAGCACCGACUCGGAGGCAGCCGGCGCCGAGAUGGAGGAGGGCGCCGUGGGAGGCUACCAGCCCGAGUACAGCAAGCUGUGCCGCAUGAGCUACCAGGACCCGUCGCAGUUCGGCAGCCUGCCCCAGCUGGACAACGUCAACCACAACCACACGUACAACCUGCCGCUGGGCUCCUCCUCCUCGUCCUACCCCGACCACCACUCGCCGCUGCCCGGCUCGUGCGGCAAGAAGGCGGGCCGCGACAAGCCACUCGCCAACAACAACAACCACCACCACCACCACUCAAAGCUCCAGCCGCCGCGUGAAUUCCUCGACAAGCACGCGAGCCGCGACGAGCGGCGCGCCCGCUCAAUGAAGAUCCCCUUCUCCAACGAGAAGAUCAUCAACCUCCCCGUGGAGGAGUUCAACGAGCUGCUGGCCAAGCACCACCUGAGCGAGGCGCAGCUGGCGCUUAUCCGCGACAUCCGCCGGCGCGGCAAGAACAAGAUGGCGGCGCAGAACUGCCGCAAGCGCAAGCUGGACACCAUCCUCAACCUGGAGCAGGGCGUGCAGGACCUGCGGCGCGACAAGGGCCGCCUGCUGAAGGAGAAGAUGGAGUUCCUGCGCUCCAUCCGCCAGAUGAAGCAGAAGGUGCAGAGCCUCUACCAGGAGGUGUUCUCCCAGCUGCGGGACGAGCACGGACGGCCGUACCCGGCCAGCGAGUACGCGCUGCAGUACGGCCCCGACGGGAGCAUGUUGAUCGUGCCGCGCAGCCUGGCCGCUGCCGAGCAAAGCCGCAAGCCGGACAAGAAGCAGAAGGAUAAGAAGAAGUGAAGACGCAAGAGAGACGGGAAGUCGCUGCCUUUUUUUCCUUUUUUUUGCGAAAAACGUAAAAGAAACAAAAAAAAAAAAAACACAUGAAAAUUACUCCAAAAAAAAAAUCAAGGUUUUUUUAACAAGGCAAAAGAAAAGUGUCUUUUUUCUUUUUUUUUUGUUGUUCUUUGAGAGGAUUCUGGAGGAGAGAGAAAGUGAUUGAUGUUCAUGACUACCUGCAUUAGUUUUUUCCUUUCCUUUUUUUUCUGAAACACGAUGUUGAGGAAGAAGUGCUUUGAGUACUCGUUCUCAUGUUAUUUUUUUAUCCUUUUUUGCA